UGAAAAUCGAGGGGGGGGCAAGUUUAUACGCGCAUCAUCCUAAUGUGCGUGGAAACCACGCCUUAGUCCUUUGCUCUCGGACACUGGGUAGUGGUAGUCAAGUUUUUCGGCAGCGGUGAGCCGUCCAGGAGUCGCGUGAGUAUUCGUUCGCGCCAACGCAUUCGAGUCGGAUCGUUCGAUCGGGUGGCAUCGCGAGCAAACUACAACGUGCCCGUAAAACCGAUCUCGGUCGAUUUCAAGCAAUCGUCACUCGAAACGAUUCGUUCGCGUCGAAAUCAUCCGGGCUCGACGUUGAACGGGAAUCCCCUGUUAUCCAUGCGACUGAAACGAAUCGCUAAAAUCGAGAGAGUGCCUCCGAAAUUUGAAUUCCUCCUAAAUUCCGUAAACGGCUGACCCAGACAGUUUUCACCUACAUAAUCGUUCGGCCACCGAUAUUAGGACCCCGAUCACGCGUACGCCGGCAACCAUGAUCACCAGAUCUCGCUGCCCCGAUAUAUGGUUCCUAGUAUCCUGUUUCUUCCUGCAGGUUCUGAGUCCCAUUCACGUGAACGGGCACGGACGACUGAUGGAUCCACCUGCUCGGAACAGCAUGUGGCGUUUUGGAUUUCCGAAUCCUGUCAAUUACAACGACAACGAACUCUUUUGCGGUGGCUACGCGGUGCAAUGGGUGCAGAACGAAGGUCAAUGCGGAAUUUGUGGUGAUCCCUAUCACCUGAACGAGCCAAGGCCCCACGAAGCAGGCGGUGACUAUGCAAGAGGAACUAUUGUCAGGCACUACACGGCUGGUCAGGAUAUCGACGUCGAGGUUGAACUGACGGCAAACCACAUGGGACGAUUCGAAAUGUACCUUUGCCCCAACAAUAAUCCAAGGAAGGAAGCAACUCAAGAUUGCUUCGACAGGUAUCCUUUAUAUGUGUCUGGAACACGGGACGUUCGCUUCGAGAUACCCGAAGACACCGAAAAGAAAGCCAUUUUUCGGUACAGGGUAACUUUACCAGCCUACGUCACCUGUAGUCAGUGCGUGAUACAAUGGAAUUAUUACACUGGUAAUAUGUGGGGCAUUUGUGAAAAUGGGACCGAGGCUAGCGGUUGUGGUAAGCCAGAAACGUUUCGAAAUUGCGCGGACGUUAGCAUUGUUACGAGUACAGCUGGUGUGCCACCGCUCUUCGUGCAGCAGGAUAAUCCAUUUUUGCUGCACUACAAAGACUAUCGUUCGCCAAACAACAUAUUUCCACUUGUCGUCAGGUCUCAGGUUUGCUUGCCCACUUACUUGUACCGACGUAUACCUGGCAUGAGCGAAUGGUGUCAAAUGAAUUGUCUCCGCUACCCACCGAACUGUCCGUCGUCCAUCUGCCUAUGUCCGGAACUUUGCGAUGCAGUCGGAGAGAUAUCUGGCAAAGAAGGAGCGAGCGUUUAUUGCAUGGACAAGUGUCUCGUCUAUCCACCCAGCUGUCCCCUUCAUCGCUGUCGCUGUUAUUAAACAAAAUUCGAGUACAAUUUGCAAGAAACCAUCGUACGGCGAAAGUUGCGACAAUGUUUUAUUUAAUUUUUCACAGGGAUUAUUACCGCCAUCGUCUAUAAGUAGAUUGCGAAUCUUUAUACAAAAUAAAAUAUUUGCAAACGUGCCUACACAAAUUGAACCUAAACACGAAUUUAUUUUACUCUGUAAAUAUUAUAAUACGAAUUCUACAUUAUUGCAUACUGUGUGCAUUUUGUAGUUUCUUGCGCAUUCAAAUUUCCUAUAAAUGCAUAAACAUCCGCAGUCUAUUUUUAAAAAAAAUUCAAUCUAAACGCUAUUGCCUUUCAAAGGUACUCUCGAUAUCGUUUCAAAAAUAAUUCACACCUUCGGAAGAAUUGUAAAAAUUUGGACGAUCGUUGUUCCAUUAUAUAAAGUGAAAUAAAAUCUUCGUCUGUACGAAUCCACGCUACUUUCUUACUCCUAAACAUACACUCUAAAAUAAAACGAACCAGAUCGUAAAUUUUAUGCAUUUCUGACAUAAAUCAAUCUAAUAAACACACGUCAAACACAAUCGAAUUGUGCAAUUGAAAUAACUAUGCAAAAUGAAAUAUUGUUAUUAUAAUAACUGCAGAAUACAUUCAACAUUUUUAUGCUAUUGUACGUCACGAAUGCGUAAAAUCCUCGGUCUAAAAACGAUCGACGAAGACACAGGUGCACGAUGUCACGGCUGUGCCGGGGAGAAAGAGGUAAGCCAGGGAUUCAACACGACGCACAGUUUAAUGUCACUAUAAUAUUUAAUAUUAGGACAUUCUAUUGACAGCUUAUAACAUUACGCAUGUAUCACAUAUUAUAUAUGCAACGAAUAACAUAUUUCCUGCUUUUACGUGUACGCAGACACACGUGAAACGCGUACACGUAAACGCAGCUACGUUCAAUGAGAAAUUUGCUCGAUUCUCUCUACGCGGGAUCACGGCGAAUCAUGCGAUCGCAAUAUGCACCGUACGUUGAGUAUCAUGUCUUAAUUUCUCAAUGAAGACUCGUCACUCGUAGUUUAUGUCGGCCUCUACUGACGCGAAACGGGUCGGCUCUGCUCCGUCGGUUUCUUAUUUACUUUUUUUUUUCCAUUUUUCUUCUUUGAUAA